GCAUGCCAGCUAAAAUGGGUAACUGCCUUUAUCGGCACGAGAAUGAAAAGAAUCACUCAAGCAGCGUAGAACGCCAAAAUCAACAUUCAAUAAAAUCCACUCCAAGUUCCAAGGGUGUUGGUCUAGGAAUAUCGAUGAUGAUGCAUCAGGCUGGAAUGCUAGCUGGUUGCGCACCAACCCCAAAUUUAAUUGAUCUGGAUAAUCUUCGGUCUCAAAUGCGUAAAGCUAAGGCUGAAGGCAGGACUGUCACUGUACUUAAUGGUUGUGUCUAUAUUGACUAUCAACUAAAAGCACAAAUCCCCGCUGGAUUUAAUUAUGAUAUUUGA